AAAUAGAUUAGUCGUUGCGAUCACUCGAACACGAACAGAUCGAUUCUAUCGCGCUUUUCCUUAUUGUUUGCGUUUCGGUUCAACUCGGUUAUAGGUUUUCAUCCGAUUACUGGUAGUGUUUUUUUUUCGAGCUUAUACUAUAUCUGUACAAAUAGCCGCGAAAUGGUUCAAUCAUAAUUGUUUCAGCGAACGUCUGGCGACGGUAGCGAAUAAACAUUUGUCAUCUGCAGUCCUAAACAAGCGAUAAAAUUUCCGCGAAAACAGAAACGAAAAACGAAAGGGAAAAAUGGGAAGUUUACUGUCGACCCACGGUCGAGCGGAUCGAAACGAGCAGCCCGCAGUGAUGGUAGAGGACGGUGUGGGGCAGCGAGAAGUACAUGGUACUGAUGCUGGUAGCAGUUCGGUUACCAUUUCCACCGGGGAAAAAAGUUGUGCAAUAGUAGGCGAUAAAUCAAAAACUCAAACGAUAAACAACGAAAAUGAAGCAGGAAGUCCUCAUGACGGCCCGUGCGGAGUUGGCCGCCGAUGUGAUGGUGGAGAAAAGUGUACUGAACUGGCAGAGUUUCGCGAAGAGUUAACCACAAAACGAGAAUUACGAAAAUCAAAAAUGGCGAAUAUCAAGCAUGAGCUGGAUCAGCUGAGAAGCAAUUUGGCCGAGGAAAAAGGGAAAAAUCGUGCUCUAAUACGGUACAUCCAGAGCCAGCAGCACACAAAGCAAACAACGGAACUAGUCACAGCAGCAGCUGUCGAUGAUUUGACUUUACCGGCUGCCAGCGAUGAUGGGACGCAGGCGAAAGCCGUGGAAAUGUCUCACGACGACAGUGAAAGCAACGUGGAAAAGCAUCUAGAACAAAGUGAUGAUUCUGAUUCUAGUACUCCGGCCCCCGCAAACACAACGGACGAUUUACGUCUCGGUCUGAAGAAAGAUCUGGCUGAGUCACAGCUGCAGCUUCAGAUCGCCAACGGGGAGAUUCUAACGCUGCAGAACGUGAUCCAUCAGUUACGGUCGCAGAUUCAAACCCUCCGGACGCCGUCUGCCGAAGAAGAAGCUGCCCAAGAGGAACGCAACAAGGAAUUUCGAAAAUUGAAAGCGGAUCUAGCCGAAUCUCAGUUUGAGCUACAGAUUUCAAAUGCCGAAGUGCUUGCCCUUCAAAGCGACAUCGGCCAGUUGAAAAAUCAAAUCAAAGGACUGAAGGACGUGAUCAAGGCCAGCAAGGAAAUCAUCGUCAUUCGGGAGGACCAGGUUGAGCAGCUGAAGGCGAAGCUGCGCCAGAUCGAAGACUCGCUGCAUGAACGUGAGUUGCAGAUAAUGUCCACUGAUUUGCGCCGGGAAUACGAACGACAAAUGAGCAAUAUCCGCAAUCUGCGUGAACUCUACGAGGAGCGGGAACGUGUCUCGCGGAUGGAACGCGACAAUCUGCUGCGACAGCUCGAGCUGCGCAAAAACGAUCUCGAAGCCGAACAGGAGAAAAACAAAAAUCUCGAAUCGCACGUCGCCGGCAUGCAAACCGAACUGGAAACCAUGAGGGCCGAGUUGGAUCAAACCAAAGAAAAGCUCACCCAAUCGAGCGCCGAGUCGAAGCAGCUGCAGGCCGAAAUGACCGUCGUAAAUCAGUUUAUUUCCAAGUUCCUGCUCGGUAUGAACCGUCAGCAAGCGACCAGCGGUGUCAAGUUGGACAAGUUGACCGAGGUGCUGGAGGAGAACCGAGCGCUGCUGAUCGAGAUGACCAAACAGGAAGCGGAAACGAUCGAUUUGGGAGCAUUUUUGCCACGCGCCCUGUACGACCUGAUUGCCGAGGUGGACCAGGAGGAGAAUGAACCGACGGGUGGAAUCGAUGGAAACGAUAAAACGACAGGAUCGGAUGGGGCCGGAGGAUGGCUCAGUGACGGACAGAAGGCUUCACCGGAGCAAAUUGCUGACAAAUUGCCAAAAGUGUGGCGAGUGUUGAUUGAGCUGGUGAAUCAUCAGGAACGCGCCGAGCAGGUUCCCUUCGUGGAAAACGGUGAAGGCGAGGACUGUCUAAAGUCGGAACUGAACACACACGGACAGAGCAAAAUGGUUGUCAGUGUUAGCAAGACGUAUCUCAAGUUGAAGGACCUCAUCCUCGAGAAGAAAUCGUUGAAAAAGGAAACCAAUCGGCUGAAAACGCUCAACACCCACCUGGAGCGCCGCCUGGAAACGCAGGAGAAACGUCUCAGUGCUGUAAGUUUGGAGUUGACCAAAACAUGGCACAUGGUUGGCAAAAUGCAACGCCAACACCGUCAGCUGCACACGCAGGAGCAAAUUUUACGCUAUCACCUGCAGCAAAAGCGACGGCUGCUCAGCGAACUGAAGGAAGAGCUGGAGUACUGCCGCCUGAAGUGGUCUGCGGCCCGGCAGAAGAAUAUCGAGUCCGAAGAUCAGUGGAGAAUCUUGAAAGCAGAGUUCGCAGCCCGUAAGAAGCAGGACUCGUUGAACAACUCCGGUGAAAGUGGAUACAGUGACGAACAGCCGACGGACGAUGAGGAUGAGGAUUACUCUAUGGGCGUCAAGCAGACGGCGAAACGUUCGCCGGAAUUUAGAAACAAUAGGUUCAAUUUUGAUCGCUGCAGGAGCGCUUCGUUAACGAAUAUCAUGCAGGUGUCCCUAGAAAUGAGGAAAUGUCACAGUGAAACGGACAUGAAGUCCCUGAGUAAUGUUGAGAGAGCUAAUGAAUUUUGCAACGAAAAAAUAGAAGAUCUACCGAUUUUUCCAGAAAACGACAUUACAGGUUCGGUGAAAAAAAGGUCCAAGCAAAAAACAAAGAAAAUUAAAGCAAAGAAAACCGGUCCCGAGACGGCAGAAGAGAUGUUUUUGAGACUUGCUGGUUUGACACCGGAAAGCAUUGAGGAGGAAGACGAAGAAAUAGAAGAUGACAUCAGUGAAGAUUCGGAAUGUUCAGAAAUCGAAAUGAUCGAGCAAAGAGAUUCGGAAGUCAUAGAGGUAGUUUCAAAAGAUCCGGAAUUGACCAGCGAAGAGUUGUUUAAUAUGAAACGUGAAGCUCGACUUAAACGAAUGGCUGAACUGAAUUCGAGACUGGAUAGUUAUUCGGCUCCGGGAUGUUCGAAAGACGUUGAAUCCGCUGCUCCCACCACGGAUUCGGUUGAAUUUGAACAACCAACGGCACUAUCUUCUACCGAGGAAGAAUACCUUAAACGGAGGGCCGCCCGGCUAGAGCGUUUGGAACGGGAAGCCAAAGAAUUUCACGACAAACUAUCUCGAACCGUUAAUCGCGGAAGUGAAAUUUCGGCACAGAUUGAUGAAAUUCAUAGUGGAUUCCUGGCAAGGCAGUCCGAAUCACCGUUGCCGGGAAACUCUGCCGAUACUAAAGCAACUACUUCGAAGGCAGAGGAAUCAGCCGAUUCGGGAAUACUGACAAAACGAGAACAGGAGUACACUCAAAACCGGUCCGAAAGGCUUCAGCAGCUAGAGAAACAAAGUCAAUCUCUCAUCAAUCAAAUGAAUCGAACCUUGAAGAAAGGAUCGAGAUUAACAACUCAACUCGAUUUGCUUCACUCUCGGUACGGCUCAAGUGAUGAAGCUCAGUCCGAAGCCACAAAACUCGAACCAGUGAUGGAACGCCUUGGAGAAAGUUCGACUAACUCUAUGCAGCCAGUCGAGCACACGAUUGUUCCACUGACAGCUUCGAUUGAGAACGUCAUGCUGAACAGUGCCAUUGUCAUACCCCCGAACGGACCGAUCGAACUGGUUCUCGUGUCCGACGAGGAAAUCCUCGAAGAGGUCGAAGAUCUUCUGCCAACUCCCAGCAAUGCUACCUCGAGCCAGGAAUCCGACGAAGAAUCAAACGGUGAAUCGGCAUCGCCCACCGGUGAAUGAGGUCAUCGGAGUGCCAUCUUCCGUUCGUACUAUAUCAUAAAAGACAUGUCCACCAGAAUGUCCUCAGAUAUCUUAUUUAUGUUUUUCGUAACGCGUACUCGUAGCGAAACUGUUUCUGUGUUAAUAAUGUAUCUUUCGAAUAUUUAAGCCUGCAUAAAUAUAUACUUUCGUGGUCUUUUAGAA